GCCCGCUGUCAGCCUCGGUAGAUAGCACACUCUCACUAGUCUCCAGUCUCCACUCCCCACUGCACUCUCGUCGCUGGAUUCCAGCCGCGUCCUGGAGGCCGGAGCCAUGAAGCCUGUCAAUGUCGCCGAACACAACCACCACCACCAUGGCCUACACUCCCCCACGCCCGCGUCGGCGACCAAGAUCUCGAUUCCCGUCUCUUCCGGCGAGGCGGCGCUGUUCGGGAAGGGUAGGUACAAGGUGUGGGCCCUCGCCGCCAUCGCCCUCCUCGCGCUCUGGUCCAUGUUCGCCGCCUCCGUCACGCUGCGCUUGUCCUCCGGGGAGCUCGCCGCCACGUUCGGGGACGUGAGCGAUCCGCUCAUCGACGAUCUCGAUCCCCUCGAGAUGGAGCAAAGGGAAAAGCUAGUGCGCCGGAUGUGGGAUGUGUACACACGCACGGAUAAUCAUGUACGACUUCCACGGUUCUGGCAAGAAGCAUUUGAGGCUGCAUAUGAGGAGCUUGCUGGUGAUGAUACGCUUGCUACUGAUGCGGCUAUAUCUGAGAUUGCUCGCAUGUCAAUCCAUAGGCCUGAGGUUGAGCAAUCAUGGAAUAAGAAUUAGUUUCUACAAAAGUGGUGCAUUCUGCUAAAAGAGCAACAUGCAAGAUUCGUGGAGAACAAGAUGGAAAGAAUGAAGACGUGGUUGAGGGACUUCUGGAGGCAAUCUAGUGAUCUUGAACUUGAAGGUGUCUUUUGAAUGUGAAGCUAAGAGGAGGAUGUGGAGCUUUGUGUUUCCUUUUUCAGUUUCUGUCUGCUUGUUUAGCUGGAUGUUGCUUAGUGCUUAUCAUCGAAAAAGCUUGCUAUCUAUAAAAGCUGGGUUUUCCUCCGUAAAAGAAAACAGUAGGUGGUAAUCUGACAGAAAGAGGGAAACUGUGUACUGCAAAAUUCUCAUCCGAACAGAGUUAUAGCAUUUUUUGAUAUGGUUCCCUUGUAAUUAAGUACCUCCGCUUGGUAUUUUAAGUGAGUUAUCGCUUGCUCCUAGUUGCCAGCAAUUAUGAAAAAUGAAUGUGUGGAUUAUUAUAUAUUCAUAAAUGUGAAUGUUGUUUAUGAA